AUGCAUCAAAAAAUAUUUAACAUUCCAACAACACCCAUUAGCGUACCAAGGACCACCAAAGGAGUAAAAACACUCCAAAUUCCCCAACAACUAAUAAUAAGUCCUAAUAUACCGAUGGAACCUGUUACGGUAGCUAUCGCUGAGGAGAAAUUUGAACAGGCGCUCAAAGAUAAUGACAUUCAUGCACAAAUUACAUUGCAGGAAGCGUUGAAAUUUAAUGGUGGAGGGCAUAUUAAUCAUUCAUUGUUUUGGACAAAUCUCGCGCCAAUUAAAGAAGGCGGAGGUGAACCUCCUAAAGGGGCACUCCACAACGCUAUCCAAAAAGAUUUUGGAUCUCUCGAAGACUUCAUCAGCAAAUUCAACACAGUUCUGGCUGGGGGUUAUAACAAGGCCAAUAAACGCCUCGAAAUCGUGACACUUCCGAAUCAAGAUCCUCUUAUUA